UCGAAACAGUACGUUUGUUCGCUCAGGUACAAUAGAACAUACAUAGUGCAACUUUAUCAACGUCAAUUUGUUAAUGUCAAAUUUCAACGUCGUGAUUAUUUAUUUCUUUAUUUUUACAAACGAUUUUUCACGUAGAUUUUUCGAGUAUUAAUUGUUUGUGAUAAGAAAGUUGAUUGUACGAGACAAAAUAAUGGAUGAACAAAUAACGGAUAAUACGACAUCGACAUUGCAAUGGCCAGAUUAUUUAGUCCUUGGUACAGUCCUGUCGAUUUCUGCCAGUAUUGGGAUUUAUUAUCGAUUUACCGGUGGUCGACAACGAACAGCUGAGGAAUAUUUCUCAGCUGAUCGAUCUAUGAAAAUCGUUCCAUUGGCAAUAGCAUUGAUGGUUUCCUUUAUGUCCGCGAUUACGUUACUUGGAAUCAGCGCGGAAGCCUAUACCCAUGGUAUGAUGUUCAUCGUGGUUUACAUUGGCUUCGGUGUUGGAACGCCUAUCACCAUGUACUUCUACCUACCAGUCUUCUUUGAACUGAAAAUCAUGAGCGUCUUCGAGUAUUUAGAAAGAAGAUUCGGAGUAAAGGCAAGAUUAUUGGCAAGUAUAGCAAACUUCGGCCAUUUGACAUUAUACACGGGAAUAGUUCUCUAUGCUCCCUCAUUAGCCCUAGAGGCAACCACAGGUUUGUCUUCUACCAUGAGUAUCAUCCUGAUCGGCGUGAUCUGUACGUUCUAUUCAACGAUCGGCGGUAUCAAGGCUGUAUUGAUAACCGAUGUUUUCCAAGGUGUACUGAUGUUCCUCUCAAUAUUUUGCAUUAUUACGAUCGGUGCCGGUGACCUUCCUAACGGGCUUUACGAUGUUUGGAACAGAGCUAUGAAAGGUGGUCGCAUUGAUUUUACCUUUUACAGUCUGGACCUUACUACACGUCACACAUGGUGGGGUUUACUAACUGGCGGAUGUUGCAUGUUCCUGUCACUUUUUGCCGUCAAUCAGGUGCAGGUGCAACGUCUGUUGACCGUCAAAAGCUUGAGGGAUUCCCGAUUAGCUCUGAUAUUGAACUGGCCAAUAAUGUUGGCCUUGGCAACCAUCACCAUAUUCUCGGGUCUCGUCAUAUACGCCAUUUACGAAGAUUGCGAUCCAGUUAAAUCUGGAAGGAUAUCAUCGUCCGACAAACUCAUGCCACUUUUCGCAGCUGAAAGAUUAUCACGAGUACCAGGAUUCACAGGAUUAUUCGUAGCUGGUGUAUUCAGUGCAAGUCUCAGCACGAUUUCAGCAAUGUUGAACUCACUUUCAGCGGUUGCUUUAGAGGAUUACAUCAAACCGAUUUAUGCUAAAAUCGGUAUUACAUUUCCUGAAGAAAAAGCUACGCUAUUGGGCAAAUUACUGGCUGUUACUAACGGAUUGUCAUGUAUUUUUCUCGCAUUGAUCGCUGGAAAACUUGGCACAUUGAUCGAAGCAGCGAUUGGAUUGGUCGGUGUCAUUGGUGGACCAUUAUUGGGUAUUUUCACCCUUGGCAUGUUUUUGGAAGAUGCUAAUGAAAUUGGUGCAAUCAUUGGAAUGACAUCUGCCCUUAUUUUGGGAUUUACCAUGGCUUGUGGUCCAAAAGAAUCAGGAAUUACAUUACCAAUGUCAAUUGAUGGUUGUGAUAAUUCAACUUUAUCGAUGUUAGAUAAAACUAUCGGAUUAAAUUCUACUCUAAGUAACGAUUCGAGCGUGCCGUAUUUAAAUCGAAUUUCCUACAUUUGGUAUCCCGUGAUUGGAUUCGUUUUGACGGUCAUUAUUGGAUAUUUGUCGAGUUUAAUAAUAAACAAAUUUAUGAAGGAUAGACGGGAACCUGAUCCUAAUCUUUUCACUCCAUUAGUGGCUGCUAGGAUUAAAAGAAGACGUCAAGAUGAACAAAGGGUUACAUCAAGUCAAAUGUUCGUCUUAGAACCGAAUUAUAGAAAAUGAACGAUUAUAAUAAACAUUUAUAUUCAUUGUGUUCAUAAAUUAUAAAUAAUAUCGAUAUAAAUUGUUACAAUGAUCGCCCAAUGAAAUUAAAUCAAGUUUUUCUUUUUUUUUUUUUUUUGGUACAAUAAUAUCGUAACAACUGUUACAAAUAAGUGCCAAAACAGUGAAUGAAAGAAGAAGAAAAUAUCGAAUUGUUUACAAAAAAAA